AUGCCUCGCGUCGCUCAGAUGCCGCGCUCCGGCAGCGCCAGCGUCAGAUCGGUGUCGGGGUCGCUCAACUCGAUUCCUCUCAACGACGACGCGGAAGAGCGUGGCAAACGCAUAAACUCGCGAAAAGUUCUCCAGGAAAAGCAAAUCAACCAGCUCAAGGCGGCCGCUUCCGGAUCGCGCAAAUCCAGCCUCGGAUUCGACGACAUUGAAAAUGCAGCGCCUGGUUCCAACGCCGGCACACCGCGCGCCUCGCGUGGCCUCGAUCUCUCUGAUGAUCCCAUCAUCAUCAAUGGCGUAAAUCUCACGCCCGCCAAGCGCGUCCCCAUCCUCGCCAACUUUGAGGAGUGGAUGAAGAUGGCCACCGACAACAAGAUCAACGCCACCAACUCCUGGAACUUUGCCCUCAUCGACUACUUUCACGACAUGUCUCUGCUAAAGGAAGGCGAUGGCGUCAACUUCCAGAAAGCCAGUUGCACCCUCGACGGCUGCGUUAAAAUUUACACAAACAGAGUCGAUAGUGUCGCGACCGAGACGGGUAAGCUGCUGAGUGGCUUGGCCGAUAGCAACAGCAAAAAGAAGGGCGAUGGUGAAGAAGGCGCCGGAGACGAGAGCGAGGAUGAACUGGACGAAGAUGGCAACGUUAAGAAGAAGCCCAAGAAGAAGUCACAACGAUCCGAGGCCACGCUGGCACCUUCAUUCACAUCUCUACAACUCAAAAAGUUGGAGCUCGAAUUCUCCGUCGAUCCUCUCUUCAAGAAGGCCUCUGCCGACUUUGAUGAAGGUGGCGCCAAAGGACUUCUCCUCAAUCACCUUAUGAUCGAUUCUCAAGGGCGCAUCGUCUUUGAUAGUAGUGACGAUACCGACGCCACCGACCUUUCUGGCGACAAAAAGGCUGAAGAGGAAGCCGAAGUUGAUCUAGAUGAAGACGAGGAAAACUUGGAGAGUGAGAUCUCGCAGCUUCAGAGCGACGUCGAGGCUCUUCGCAUCGAGGAGGCUGAGCAGGAGGACGACCCGCAAGAUAUCGAGAUUGACCUGACUGGUCUGCGACAACGAUACUUUCCUGAUUUGAGCCGACUCGAGGAAUUUGAUGUCUGCCCCUCGCUCAAGAACUUCGAGCUAGGUGACCCCUCCGGAUCCAUGGAUAUUCCCUUUCUCAAGGCCCCCGAGGACUGGCGCGGAGACGAGGACGGCCGUCUGCCCGGCGCAUUUGGCGACAACUCUGGCAUGCUUAUCGAUGGCGAUGCACCCAUGGGUUUUGACGAUGAUGACCUUGGCCUGGGCAGCUUCGAUAUUGGCGAUGACGUAGCCUUUGGUGAAGGUGGUGAAGCGUGGGCACGAGAAGCAGCGCUGGAGCCUCAAAUGCGCGCAUACGAUAGCCCCAUGGGAGGAGAGGAUGGCAUGGAGGAAGAUGAAUUCGACGAGAAUGGCGACUAUGUCAUUUCCGUUUCGAAUCCCCAAAACGCCGAUAAAAUGCACCAAGAUAUCCUGAGCUUCUUUGACCAGGCUCUGCAAAAGAACUGGACAAGCGCUGAGCACUGGCGCAUCCGCAAAAUUAAAGACACCAGCAAGCCUGCUAGCGACACGCCCAAGAAGCGCAAGGAAAAAGAGCCAUUCGAGGUCGACUUUGGCUCCGCGAUUGACUCGAGCCUUACCGACGCCCUCUACACACAAGCCGCGAGCAACACCACCAUCAGCCUCGCCAAAAAGGACUGGAAGUCCAAGUCUCGCAACCUGCUGCCCGAUGACAAGCACUUCAACUCCAAAUCGCUGCUGAGCCUGUUCCUCAAGCCCAAGGCGCGCCUAAUCCAGCGCAGCACCGGCAACCACCACGGCGGGCGGCGCAUGUUUGGCGGCAAUAACAACGACAUGGACAACCAGCCCGUAGGUGAGCUGGACGAGGCCUUUUGGGCGCAGCAAAAGGCGCCCGAGGAGACGGCCCUCCCUGGUGGCGACUACGACGCCAACUUUUUCCAAGACGACGCCUUGCCGUUUGCGGGCGGCGGCGACGAUGAUGACGACGACGACAUGGAAUUCGCGGAUGCCCAGGAGCACUUGGGCGGCGCGGGCGCCGACAUGGGCCUAACGGAGAACAUAGGCGGCGUGACGGCCAUGUUUGGCGGCGACACCAUGGCGAAUCCCAUGGGCGCGUUUGGCGACACCCUCGUCGCAGCUACCCGACGCGUGCGUCCAGAAUACGUGCAGUAUGCGCGUGUGGCGACAAAGGUUGAUAUUCGUCGUCUCAAGGACGAAAUCUGGAAGGGCAUGGGCCUCGAAGCACUUCAAACACCGCCCAGCAUGCCCCCGCCUGAGCCCGCCGGCCGCCGCUCCCUCUCGGAGCAUCAGCCGCCGCAGCAGCCACCCGAGGACGCGACGACGAACCCGACGCUCAAGUUCACGCGGGUCAUGAACGACCUCCAGCGCGUGUACCCCAAGCCCGCCAUGAAUGACAUUUCUACGUCGUACUGCUUCAUCAGCCUGCUGCACCUCGCCAACGAGCGCGGCCUCGUCAUCAACAAGACUGAGGACCUCAAGGAGCUGGAGAUUCGCAAAGACUGGACCGCCGAGGGGCUGGAGGGCGAGGCGUAA